CGCAAGUUCAUCAAGUGCCACUGCGGCGAAGGGGCAUGCGUGGAACAACGUCAGACACUGCGAUUCUUGCAGGUCACAUUCACAUUCUUCUUGUCAUGUGUCUCCCUCUAUCAUGAACUCGAGUAUCCUUACUUACCCUCAUUGCUCCUCCUCAUCCUCCUGUGAGAACAUUGCAGCACUUGCGCACGUGCUUGUCAUGGCUUCGGAAUGUUAUGACAGGUAGACCGUCAACACUCCCAGCUGGAUGCUCUUUAACACCCUCAUUUCAUAUGCGUUUCCAACAUGAUAGACCAUGUGCUGGGAAGACCAUCCUCCCGAGUCCGUAAAUAUCAGGUGUUUGCCGUUGUUUCAUUCUGGUCGCUGUACCUACUGAAGGGUGACCAACAUGGGCCGCCGCUCAUUCGAAACCUCUCUCAACGUCUCUCGAGACGAUUGACUCCCUGGCGAUCCGUCGUCAUUACUCUCCUGUAUCUCUACAUCUGUCGAAACUUUGCGAAGCUUGUCAAUCUUGAAUCACCCGAACCCUUAGCGAACCUGUACAAUAGAUCAUACUUUCGAGCAACAUGGAUUACCACUGCUUUGGACGCAGGCUUCUGGACAGCCAUGAAGAUCCGCAACAAACCCAUAAGAGAUCUGGCGUCGAUCAUCUUCACAAUAUACUAUCUCAUCGCUGCAGAACAAGCAGAUGAAAAGGUCCGCAAGGUGCGAGCAGUCUUGACCGUGGACCAUCUGCGCGUGUCAUGGAAUAAAGCAAACACACCGUACAUCAGGACGCUCAAUGCUGCGAUGAGGCCUCGAUUCACCAAAUACAAACCACGGAGGAUCCGCAUACCUCGACCGAAGCAGUCGAACUACAAAGAGCCUGUCGUGGCAUGGAUGUACUUCGAUGGCCCUCUGGUAGAGCUGGAGAAGCAAGAGAAUCUAGUGCUGGACAUUCCAGGAGGAGGAUUCGUGGCCAUGGACCCAAGAGCCAACGAUGACAGACUACUCGCCUGGGCAGGAAGAACAGGGCUUCCAAUACUAAGUCUGGACUACCGAAAGGCUCCAGAAUAUCCCUACCCCUACGCCCUGAACGAAUGCUUCGACGUGUACACGCAGAUUGUUGCUACGAGAGGGCGCUGCAUCGGGAUGAAACCAAACACAUGUCCGCGGCUUGUCCUUACAGGCGACAGUGCAGGCGGCAACCUCGCCACAGGCACAACAUUGAUGGUAAUCCAGUCGAACCAGACUGGAAAUUCGCGAGGGAUACUACCUUCCCCUGCUGGGUUGGUAUUGCUCUACCCAGCAUUAGACAUGAACAUCAGCAGCUGGAUGACAGACGACCAGAUGGCUUUGAUCCGCAACCCUAGAACAGCCAAGAAAUACGAGACCUUCAUCAAGCGAAAGAGCGAGGACAUCGACCGCCGCUACACACCGACCACGCCUAAACCCUCCGAAGAAGGCGAAGACGAUGCAAACCACGAGUUCUUCACGCCACGCGACGACCCAAAACCCGUAACCCGCGAAAACAGCAACGUCGAAGCACACCGCCAAUCAGUUGCCGCUUUGAAACCUCAACCCCUAAAGACAAGACUCGCCGUAUCAUCCAUUAUUUCUUAUUUCGGCGACCGCAUUCUUACUCCCGAAAUGAUGCGCGCCAUGAUCAUAUUAUACGUCGGCCCGUACAACCGCCCCGACUUCACGACAGACCACCUCCUCUGUCCCGCCGUCGCGCCCGAGAACUUACUCGCCAAAUUCCCCAAAACGUACUUCCUCACAGGCGAGCGAGACCCACUGGUCGACGACACAGUCAUUUUCGCAGGGCGCUUACGCCAGGCCAAACUCCACCUCUUCCGCGAACGUCAGGAAGUCGGUCUCGAGAAAUCCACGGCUGAAUUCAACGAGAAAGACCAUGUAGAAGUCACACUCAUCCCGGGUAUAUCGCACGGCUUCGUCACUUUUGUGUCGAUAUUCCCCGAGGGCUGGAAACACGUUUUCCGAGCUGGAGGGUGGAUUCAAGAUAUCUUCAGCAAACUUCCUCACGCUCUUGAGGGGCCGGCGAUCGAGUCGCGCUUAAGGAGUGGGACGUUACAGGACUCCUCUAUUGGAGGGAAUUUGGAACUGGCGAGUACGCAUCUACGGCAUCAUCAUCGUACGCCGACGGGGGAGAGUAUGGACGAUGAUGCGCCGCUUGUGAUGUCCUCUAUUACAAAAGCGGAAGAUGGCGCAAGUUCAACUUCGAGUGGGAGAGCUGCAAAUGGCGCGGCUGGACGUGGAAGGCCGAUUGAGCAGAAACCGCGACCGGAUGUCAAUAGGAGUAAGAGUCUUGUGUCGCUGGGGAGUGAAGAGGAUUUACUCAAGAGACGCAUGAAAGGGCUGACGGUGGGAUUGAUGGGGUCAGAUCAUUCAUGAGCACAGAGCACCAACAAUGAAAGCAUGUAGUCUGGCAGUGGUCUUGUAGGAUAUUUCUGGUUUGGCAAUAACAAAAAGCUUUUUAUUGGGAGGGUACUGUAUACUGUCGUUGGAGCGGCAUAUGGAACGGUGGUCAAUUAUGUUUUGAUGAUCCUUGCUCCUACCAUAUACUCCCCCAAAUAUCCCAAUUUUGAUACUGUAAUAAUGUACACGAGCAAACUGCAGACGUGCAAAAAGCGCAC